CGCUCUCCUGCCGCCGAGCUGCGAACACCCCAAACAAUCCCCAGCGCCGCCGCCACCGCCAAAUUAAAUAAUCCGCCCGUUUCGCUCCCUUCAACCCCCCCCUCCCAUAACGCCCCGCUCGAGGGCCCCCCCUUCUCGGCCUUCCUACUAGGCCCCACUUUCCACCACCCCCUCCCCCGCUGAGGGGGCCUUGAAGGUAAGGGGUCGACCUGACCCGAGUUGUUUGGCCUUGGAAGUGAGAGCGAGGGAGGGAAAGAAGAGAGGAGAGAAGCGAACAGCAAUAAUUACUUGGAAGAGGAGAGCGAGAGAGAGGACGGAGGGGGGAAAAGGCGCGCAGGGCCCGAGGAGCCCCGUCACCGCCAGUCCAGCCAGGCCUGCCGGCUGAGGUAUAGGCUACUGCAACAAGAGAAUAAAGUGAUAAACAAUUACUCUUGCAAACUACAGCUGCUUUUUGAAUGCUUUUUUAAUACAGUUGUGCUCCAGAAGAUGAUAAAGAAAUGAUAGCAGCUCAAGAAGCAACAACUAAUUUUGCUCUGCUCCAGGAGUCUGAAACACAUUUUUCUUCAGAUACUGACUUUGAGGAUAUUGAAGGAAAAAAUCAGAAACCAGGAAAAGGAAAGACCUGUAAAAAGGGGAAAAAAGGUACAGGAGAGAAGGGGAAAGUUGGAAACGGAGCAGGGAAGCCUGGUGGUCCAAAUCGAAUGAAUGGGCAUCACCAGCAGAAUGGUGUGGAAAACAUGAUGCUGUUUGAAGUUGUUAAAAUGGGCAAGAGUGCUAUGCAGUCUGUGGUAGAUGACUGGAUAGAAUCCUACAAACAUGACAGGGAUAUAGCACUUCUUGAUCUCAUCAACUUCUUUAUUCAAUGUUCAGGCUGUAAAGGGGUUGUAACAGCAGAGAUGUUUCGACAUAUGCAAAACUCAGAAAUUAUUCGGAAAAUGACUGAAGAAUUUGAUGAGGAUAGUGGAGAUUAUCCACUUACCAUGGCUGGUCCUCAAUGGAAGAAAUUUAAGUCAAGCUUUUGUGAGUUUAUUGGAGUAUUGGUCCGGCAGUGUCAAUAUAGUAUCAUAUAUGAUGAAUAUAUGAUGGACACAGUCAUUUCACUACUUACAGGACUAUCAGACUCUCAAGUCAGGGCAUUUCGACAUACUAGCACACUGGCAGCUAUGAAACUGAUGACUGCAUUAGUGAAUGUGGCAUUAAACCUCAGCAUUAACAUGGACAAUACACAACGGCAGUAUGAAGCAGAACGAAAUAAAAUAAUUGUAAAACGGGCUAAUGAUAGACUGGAGCUCUUGCUACAAAAAAGGAAAGAGCUCCAAGAAAAUCAGGAUGAAAUAGAGAAUAUGAUGAAUGCAAUUUUUAAAGGUGUAUUUGUUCAUAGAUACAGGGAUGCAAUAGCUGAAAUAAGAGCAAUCUGUAUUGAAGAAAUUGGGAUUUGGAUGAAAAUGUAUAGUGAUGCAUUUCUCAAUGACAGCUAUUUAAAAUAUGUGGGAUGGACAAUGCAUGACAAGCAAGGGGAGGUAAGACUCAAAUGUCUUACAGCUUUGCAAGGGCUUUAUUAUAAUAAAGAACUGAAUUCCAAAUUGGAGCUCUUCACCAGUCGAUUCAAGGAUAGAAUUGUGUCUAUGACUCUAGACAAAGAAUAUGAUGUGGCAGUGCAAGCAAUAAAACUACUUACUCUUGUUUUACAGAGUAGUGAAGAAGUCCUGACUGCAGAAGACUGUGAAAAUGUCUACCACCUGGUUUACUCAGCCCAUCGUCCAGUAGCUGUAGCAGCAGGAGAAUUUCUUUAUAAAAAGCUUUUUAGUCGUAGAGACCCUGAAGAGGAUGGAAUUCUUAAAAGACGGGGGAGACAAGGUCCAAAUGCUAACCUUGUCAAGACUUUAGUAUUUUUCUUUUUGGAAAGUGAGUUACAUGAGCAUGCUGCUUACUUGGUGGACAGCAUGUGGGAUUGUGCCACUGACCUCUUGAAGGACUGGGAAUGUAUGAAUAGUCUUCUGUUGGAGGAGCCACUCAAUGGAGAAGAACCUUUAACAGACAAACAGGAAAGUGCACUAAUUGAAAUAAUGCUGUGUACAAUUAGACAAGCAGCUGAAUGUCAUCCGCCUGUAGGAAGAGGCUCAGGAAAGCGGGUACUUACGGCAAAGGAGAAAAAAGCACAGUUGGAUGACAGGACAAGGAUCACAGAACUUUUUGCUGUGGCACUCCCUCAGCUAUUAGCAAAAUAUUCUGUAGAUGCAGAGAAAGUCACCAACUUGUUACAGUUGCCACAAUAUUUUGAUUUGGAAAUCUACACAACAGGGAGAUUAGAAAAGCAUUUGGAUGCCUUAAUGCGACAGAUCCGGGAUAUUGUUGAAAAGCACACCGACACAGAUGUUUUGGAAGCUUGCUCUAAAACGUAUCAUGCACUCUGUAAUGAAGAGUUCACAAUAUUUAACAGAGUGGACAUUGCAAGAAGUCAGCUAAUGGAUGAACUGGCUGACAAAUUCAAUAGACUUCUUGAAGAUUUUCUGCAAGAGGGUGAAGAGCCUGAUGAAGAUGAUGCUUAUCAGGUCCUAUCAACAUUAAAGCGAAUCACUGCUUUUCAUAAUGCUCAUGAUCUGUCAAGAUGGGAUUUAUUUGGUUGUAACUACAAGUUAUUAAAAACAGGCAUUGAGAACGGAGAUAUGCCUGAACAGAUCGUUAUUCAUGCACUGCAGUGUACUCACUAUGUAAUCCUUUGGCAGCUAGCAAAAAUUACUGACAGCAGUUCUACAAAGGAGGAUCUUCUACGCUUAAAGAAACAGAUGAGGGUAUUUUGUCAAAUCUGCCAGCACUACCUUACCAAUGUAAAUACUGCUGUUAAAGAACAGGCCUUUACAAUUUUGUGUGAUGUAUUAAUGAUCUUCAGUCAUCAGAUUAUGUCAGGAGGUCGUGACAUCUUAGAGCCGCUAGUUUACACUCCUGACUCUUCAUUGCAAGCUGAAAUGUUGAGUUUUAUUCUCGAUCAUGUCUUCAUUGACCAGGAUGAUGAUAACAACAGUGCAGAUGGACAGCAGGAUGAUGAAGCCAGUAAGAUUGAAGCUUUGCACAAAAGAAGAAAUUUGCUUGCAGCUUUUUGUAAACUUAUUGUAUAUACUGUGGUGGAAAUGAAUACUGCUGCAGAUAUUUUUAAGCAAUAUAUGAAGUAUUACAAUGAUUAUGGAGAUAUAAUCAAAGAAACAAUGAGUAAAACAAGGCAAAUAGAUAAAAUCCAAUGUGCAAAGACUCUGAUUCUCAGUUUACAACAGCUUUUCAAUGAGAUGAUUCAAGAAAAUGGGUAUAACUUUGACAGAUCAUCACCAACUUUCAGUGGCAUUAAGGAGUUAGCUCGACGUUUUGCUUUAACAUUUGGACUCGAUCAACUGAAAACAAGAGAAGCCAUUGCUAUGCUACACAAGGACGGCAUAGAGUUUGCUUUUAAAGAGCCUAACCCUCAAGGUGAGAGCCAUCCACCAUUAAAUCUGGCAUUUCUUGAUAUAUUGAGUGAGUUCUCAUCCAAACUUCUCAGGCAAGACAAAAAAACAGUGUACGUAUAUCUGGAGAAGUUCAUGACUUUUCAGAUGUCUCUCCGAAGAGAAGAUGUGUGGCUUCCACUCAUGUCUUACAGGAACUCUUUGCUAGCUGGGGGUGAUGACGAUACUAUGUCAGUCAUUAGUGGAAUCAGUAAUCGAGGGUCUACAGUAAGGAACAAAAAAACAAAACCAGCUACAGGGAAGCGGAAACUACCAGAAGCUGAGGAAAGCAGCAGUAGUGACAGCAUGUGGAUGAACAGGGAGCAGACAAUGCACACACCUGUCAUGAUGCAGACGCCGCAACUCACAUCCACCAUCAUGAGGGAGCCCAAAAGAUUGCGGCCUGAAGAAAGCUACAUGGGUGUCUAUCCAAUGCAACCUGAACACCACCAACCUCCACUCGAUUACAAUACGCAGGUAACAUGGAUGUUAGCUCAAAGACAGCAAGAAGAAGUAGCGAGACAGCAGCAGGAGAGAGCAGCCAUGAACUACGUGAAGCUGAGAACCAACCUGCAGCAUGCCAUUCGACGUGGCACAAGUCUAAUGGAGGAUGAUGAGGAGCCAAUUGUGGAAGAUGUGAUGAUGUCAUCAGAAGGACGCAUUGAAGAUCUCAAUGAAGGCAUGGAUUUCGAUACCAUGGACAUAGAUUUACCACCAUCAAAGAACAGGAGAGAGAGAACAGAGCUAAAGCCAGAUUUCUUUGAUCCUGCUUCAAUCAUGGAUGAAUCUGUUCUUGGGGUAUCAAUGUUUUAAUACCAGUACAACCGAUAACUCCAUGCUGAAGUUGUUUUCUAAUAUGGAAGAGAUUUUUAAAAUAAAAAACGUGGUAGAUACAGCGAUAUUCUAAAUAAGAUUUUUUCUCUAAGGAGAAUGAUGUGCUUACAAGAUCCAGUACAUUUAAGAGGCAGUUUUGUUUGCCUGAAACAUAAAGGACAAGUAAACAACUUGAGGAUAAGCUACAGUUUCUGUUGGCAAACCAGUAUUUUAUUUAUGUAAUAUUAGUUUAUUUCCAAAUCAUAGUAAAUAAUCACUUUUUUGAAAUUUGUAGCUGUUGGAUAGGGGCUUGGUGCAUUUUCAAGCCCUCCUCUUUAUAAUUUUUCUGAUAGAAUUAAAAUAAUCAUGACUUAUUCUAGAUUACUGUUGAAAUUAUGAGCUGAAAUGAUGGGAUGGUUCAGAGAAUCAUUGAAUUGUUGGAAGGGACUUGAAGCAUUUUCAGUGAAAUGCUAUAAAUUUUGGUCAACUGAAGCAUUGGUAAGUUACAAUAAUCAUAGAGAGAAAUAAACUUACAAGCUGAUUGUUUUACUCAAAAGCUAUUUUAGGAUCUAAAAAAAAGUAACGCCCAAGCCUCCCCAAACUUGCUUAUUGCAUAUUCAUGAAAUAUUCAGAAAACAUAAACUGCCAGAAAGCACUGAGAUCAAUCCUGCUUACCCAUUUAUGACCCUGAGAGUUUGCUUGUCCUUUAAGAAAAAUGUAAUGUUGUGAAAUUCCUUCCAGUAGUGCCACUGUAUUUUGUCUCCAAAUAAAGAAGCUUAUUGUAGUAUGUUUGCAGAAAAAAAAAAUCUAAACAAAAAAUAUACAGCUUAUUAGAGUGUGGGAAUAGGGGUCUAAAUUCUAAAUAAAAUAAAUAUAUAUAUAUAUAAAUAUACAUACAUUAUAUAUAUAUAUAUAAAUUGGUGCUGAUUUUAUAAUUGCGCAGUUUGUUUAGUUUUUUCUUACUUUUAAAUUCCAACUUAAAAUUAUGAGGUUUCAGAAAUAUAUUGAAAGUUUAACAAUGUUUAAAAAUAGAUGAGCAUGAGAACUCAUGCUUUAAAAAUGAUUUUUAAUUUUGUAUUUUAUAUUGGUUUAUCUAUCUCUGUCUUUGCAAGCAGUCUUCAGGUUAAUACUUCUAACAGGUUACAGUACAUUUCCUCUGUAUGUAAAUUAAAUUGGAUAAUAGAAUUCAUCAGUUCCCCCCAUAAUAUUCUUUGAAAGCUAAGCUUUAAAUUUCAUUUCAUGACUUUUUCACAAUUAAAUUUAACCAUUCUAAAUAAAAACAUGGAUCUAUGCCAUUUUGACAUCAACUCACUGCAAGGCUUAGGCAGCUACACAUCACUUUAAAGGAAAUGUUAACUUAUAUUACAUAUGUAUAUUUUUUGUCAGUUGUCUCUCAGCUCUUGAGGUAUAUAAUUUCUAAUCAUUCCAUGCGCCUUAAAAUGCUUGCAAUACAAUAACUUCCUCAGAUAAGCAAAUAUUUUUAAAAAGGCCUCUUAUUCAUUCAAAAAAUCAAAUUGUGGGCUGUGGUAGCCAUAAACCAUAGGUUUUCUAAAGUAUUGUGAUGACAUAAUUAUUUUGAAAAAUCAUGGGUUAAUGAACACAUGGAGCCAAUCUGCCUAGCUUCAUACUAUCAUGUCUAAAAAUGUACUGCCUAUAUUUCCCCCCCUUCUCCACACCACUGCAUUUAAAUAGAACUGCUGAAAGGACUGUAUAUAUGAUUUAAACUUAAGCUGAUUUUUUCUUACUCUUGAAGGAGUGUUUCUUUGUGAAAGCAGUUCUUACAGCUUUAUGUUUUCAAACUAAAAAUGUUUUAUAUAUUUACCUUAACCUGUUGUCCUCCACAUUCUAUUGUCCUAAUUGUACUGUUUUCUGAUUUGUAUUUAUGUCUUGAGACAAGUAACUUUUUGAAUAAAAAUAAACCUACAGUAUGUUGUAAGUUUGAUCUUUUUGAAUCAAGGGUAGAGGAGAAAAUAAAAAAGAGUAUGAAUGGUGCAAAUGUUAUGUUUAUAAAAAUUAAAGCUUUUUCCAUGUCUUUUGAGUUUUUGUCUCAGAAUUGGGAUAAUGUAUGGAAAAUGCACUGUUUUAUAUUUGUAAUAAAUUGUACAAGUUUUUAAAAUGUGAAUAAAGCACUAAUUGGGUUAAUAAUUUAAAGUAGAGAUGUUA